CUGGUGCUUGGUGCACAGACAUGGGCCUUUGUUAGUAGACAGACUUUUCAAAUCUCUUAUAAAAACUAUAAAUUUUCCGGAGGAACGGCAUGUUUAUAAGGUUACAAAUCUUUGUGCCUCACUACUCACGUGCUGAUUGCAGCAGCUGAUAUUUAGAUUCGCGCGUCACAUUGUUGCGCCAUUCGCCGGUUUGCUGCUCACACCGUCUCAGUCAGCUACGUUUAUAUUAGAGAAGGAAAUAAAAAAUGUCAAGUGCCGGCCACUGCAUGAUUUUCGCCAAAUCCGAGUCCCAGACCAUUGGAUUCCCCUCGAAAGCCAUCGUCCUGAUGCAGAUGCGGUUUGACGGGAAGCUAGGCUUCGCGGGCGGCAUCAUCGAGGCGGAGGACGAGAGCGUCGAGGCUGGCAUCGGCCGCGAGAUGCUCGAGGAGAUGGGCAUUGACCCGGCGGUGUACCCACUCAGCAAGGAAGACCACGUCUCUUCGCAGCCCUUCCACUGCGACACCCUGCCCCAAGUCAAAGCGCUUCACUUCUACGCGCUGGAAGUCACGGAGGCGCAAAUCGCUGAAAUCGAGAACAACGCUAGGAAUGCCAUUCAUUACGGCGAAGAGGUGUUGGGCUGGGUGCGAGUGCCUCUGUACACAAUGACGGACGGCUACAACGGCUUCCCAGCGUUCUUGGACAACAACUUCGUGGGCAACGCCCGAGAUCAGCUAUUAGAGGCACUGAUCAAGACCGGCCUCAUGACCAAGGAAGAAAUUGAUUCAGCUGUGAAAGUCGCAAAGUUCUCCAAAAAUCAAUGACAGUAUUUUUUCCUCCGUUGGCUGAGCGAAAAACAUUCCCGUUAUUUAUAUUUCUCGUUGCAUGAUUUGUUUUUGUUAUGAAAUAAAAGCUGACCUUUUCAGAUCAGUAAAA